AUGUCCUACAGUGACACCAGCUCUAAUGACUUCGCCGAGGACGAAAAUCCGGACUACGUCGGUAUGGAUCACGUUGCAGACCUUGUUGCAGCCGGCGUUGUGCUCGGAGAGCGCGCAUUCGACAAUGGGCCUGACCCCGCGAACGACGAACAAGACACCCGCGCAACCUACCAUUUCGACCUCGCCUCCGUUCCCCCCACGCUUUCCACCGAUGACCCCGCGUCUGAAAAUAUCUUGGAUGCCAGCAUUCUGAACGGGGACCCGACUCUUGCAUCCAUUUAUGGCUCGUAUCAGGACAAGCAAGCGACCCCGCUCGCUCUCUCCGACCUCAAGCGUUUCUACGAGACCGGCGACUCGCGCGCGGCUAUGAACGUCCUCAAGGGCAAGCAUUUCAUAAAAAUAGACGACGAGUUCACCAUCCCGUCCGAUGACAAGGAUCUUCUGUGGGAGGUUUUCGAGCAUCGUCUGGACUACUUCUGUCGGGUGCCGAAGGGCAUCGGGUUUCACGCCGUCCUCCCGAACUGCAACAACCCGGAGGCCACUGGUCGCGUGUCGUGGUCGUUCCCGAUCAUGUUCAAUCGUCGUCAUUGGACUUACAGGGGCGAUUUGAAUGUCCUUGCUUUCAAUCCUCGUGGUGCUAUGCUUUGCAUCGGCGACGCCCCCGGCCAGGAAACCGUAUGGUGGACGCUCUUCCCUGCCCAAGCCCUUGAAGCCUAUCCUUCCCCCGAGCUAAUGACGGCUGAUACGGGUCCCAGCAACAUGGAACCAGUUGUCGCCCGCAUCUCGAUCGCGUGCAUUCUGGUCAUGCUGGACAAGGCAUUGUACAGCAAUCACUACAUGGGCAACAAGUACCCCGACGUCACCUCCGAGCAGAACUUCACGGACGCCGUCGGCCAACUCCUCAAACAAGGUCCAUACGAUCUGUCUGUGGAACGCCUUAAGACUCUCAACGACACCAUCAAGCGAGAGUAUGCGCACUGGUGGCACGAUGCGCCGGCCACAUACAAACUCCCCAUUUUCGUCGGACGCAUUCCGGCUGCCAUGGCAAUCAAGUACGGCCAAGACCUCGUCACUUGCAACGCAGAGACUCUCAACGCCGAUGCAGCGAGUUGGGCCAAAGAGUGCGAUUACACCAAGAUCUCCCGCGUUGCCGUUGCUAUCGCCACUCACUACCGCGCCUCCAAAGUGGAGAGCUGGAGGGACCUCCCCCCUGUGGAAAUCACGGCCCAGUAUGAGGGCGCCGUUUACACCUCCCCCGACCCCGCCACACGGCAGCCAAUCGACGAUGUGCUCACUUAUCCUGUCUCUGACGCCGACGACCGUGAAAUUCCUCUAUUUGACUCCUCCGGUCAUCGUAUCGCCCGUCGAUUUGCUAACGUGUGCGAACCAUACAUUCCCUGCGGUGCAUUGCAGAAUCUCGCCGCCGUGCCCAACCUCUUCUCGCCUACAUCGACCAGUGCGAUGCAUUGGCAGUACGACGAGGACGGUGCCAUCGCGAGAGUGGAUGAAGAUGGCGACGAGGUCGAGGUCGACGCGCUCCUCAGCACUAGGCCAGGCUACCAUCUCUACCCCACCGCCUUCCUGAAGACGGUCGGCCAGUGGCAGGCGGAUACCGUGAUUGACGUGCUUAAGCCCCACGUCUCAGCCAUCUCACGAUCUGUUGCCGCUCACGAGGAGGGAAGUGCCGCCGUGGAGCCCGUCAAGAGUCAGUGUUAUAAUGAUAUCGCCCACUACACCCGCAAAUCCACCAAGCACCACAUUGCACAGCGCGGCCUCCUCACAGCAACGGCGGCUGGAGGGUGGGCCACUACACCGAAAGAGAAGACCACCGCAGGCAAUCUGUUACGGUCCUGCAACAUCCGCAAUCCCCACGACGAGCUGAACGCCCAGCUCCGUCGUCCCGAACAGACCCUUCUGCGAUUCGAAAACGUCUACCUCAUCCACAUGGGCCGUGUGAAACCUGGAUAUCAGAGCGGAAACCACUUCUACCGCCGCAUCGUCUUCCCAUUGGCGAGGGCCUGUCAUUUCUACCCCGUUCAAAAUGCAAUCACCGGCGCGAGCAUCGUCUUUGAGGAAAACAUCUUUCCGGAGAUGAUCAUAUGGCUCACAUACCCUGUCGUGCAAUUACUGAAAGAGUUCUGGAAGAAGGUCAAGCCGCAUCUUCCACGUAACGUUGCCUCUCGUCCGGACCCUGCGGACCUGGAGAUGAUUGCGGUCCUCGAACGGCUGGUUAACUUCGCCCACACUGGUGCAGCCAAGGUUCUCGCUACGGGACUCAUGAAUCAUCUUUGGGCUGCCCGUUCGGUCAUUGAAUACGGGUUUCCUGCUUUCAGCUCAGCGGUCACCCUCGGCGGCGCGCAUGGUGUCACUCCCUCCCUUUCCCUCACGGCCUGGCCUGUACUCCCCAAGACCGGUUACCCGUAUGUUGCCACUCGUCGCUCGCUUGAGUUGACAUAUGGGCAGGACUACUUUACGAAAUACCACACUCUCCUCCACAUCCGGCUGACUAUCGCACGCACCUCCUCGAAGGACGCCGGAACGUCAGAUGUCGCGCGCCACCGUAUUAAGAUCAUGGCAGUCAUCGUCGCGCGCGCGUUCUUGCAAGAUAUCAAGUCUUUCAUCGCACAGACGGUGCGCGAUGAGACUAAGAACAUCGUAGUGGAUCCAUCACUGGACGCCUACGACUGGGCAAAGUCUCGCGUCGACACUCACCAACGGUGGGCCAAACUUGCGGACCCUCUCGACUUCGGACCCGGCAACUCUACCUUCUCCGACCUUGUCCACUUGAUUGCUCUGACCCAAGACGACAUCGCGGACGCUCUGCCACCUUCCACAAUCGGUAACUGCUCCAUGGAGGCUCUCGUGGACCGCAUGUACGCAUGGGCAAUCUCUGACCGACAGGGUCAACGCGCUCCCUUUUACAAGGCUGGCACUGCAGGUGUCGUCCUCCGGAUCAUCAUCACGGAACUUGCGAACUACCUUCGCUCCUACACGGAGGUGGAGAGAGCCACUGAGUUCAAAGCCGCCCUAGUCGCCGCCCUCGUCGCCCUUCACAUCCACUUCAUCCCUGACGCGCGCCGCGUCGGCAAUGGUUCCCCAACCCAUCAGCCCGAUCCCCGUGGUUGGACCGGUCUUGGCGCUUCUCCCCGCCCUCGCUCGCUCAAUCCUGCCCUCGCUCGUACCCAUUCAGAGAGGAUCACCCUACAGAUCAACCAAUCUUCGCAACAGCUCCUUGACAACGACAUCCGCGGCAAAUGGUCAGCUUGCGAAACCUCUAUCGAGGAGCUUCGC